AUGGACGGAGGCGCCGCGGAGGUAAUUCACCAAGAAUAUGGAACGAAUGCGCAAUUCGCUUUCACAGAUAUGAUACACCUGAUGAAUCUACCUUCUGAUUACCUGCCGCAGACAGGCAAACAUCGGAAGCCGAAUCGCUUGAUCAUAGUGGGUGAUGUGCAUGGGAUGAAACAUGCGCUGGUAAGUUUGCUUGCCAAAGUAAACUUCGAUGGAGAACACGACCAUUUGAUCCUAGCCGGCGAUAUGAUAUCCAAGGGUCCCGAUUCUCCAGGUGUGGUCGAUUUCGCUAUGAAACUCGGAGCUACUGCGGUGAGGGGGAAUCAUGAGGACAGGAUUAUUCUCGCACAUGCGGAUAUGGUGGCGCAACAUAAGGAGGCGGAGAUGGAUGCACCGGGGCCCAGCGAAGACCCAGAGAAGGUGAUUGAUGGAUUAGAGGAAGUUAGUUUCAGUCAUGGGGAUUACAAGGAUCGGGCAUUGGUAAGGGAGUUGGGGGAGAAGAGAAUAAAGUGGUUGAAGAAAUGCCCAGUGAUCUUGAGAGUUGGGCAUUUAGAAGGCAUGGAGGAGGUGGUGGUUGUUCAUGCUGGGCUGGCUCCCGGAGUGGAAUUGGAAAGACAAGAUCCAUCCAUGGUAAUGAACAUGAGGACUAUGAUUGAUGGAAUACCGAGCGAUGAAAGAGAUGGGAAACAUUGGAAUAAGGUCUGGAAUAAAUAUCAGAAGAAACUAUCAAAGAAAGAACGCACCACAGUCAUAUACGGUCACGAUUCAAAACGGGGCCUUCAGUUAAAGAAAUACAGCAUGGGUCUAGACACAGGGUGUAUAAAAGGCGGUAAACUUACAGCUGUGGUUAUUGAAGGUGGAAAUUCUGCGCCUAAACAUAAAGUGGUGCAAGUCAAGUGUAAGGAUGGGAGAAAGCAUUAG